AUGAAGCUGGGAGGAAUACACAGUCCAGGAUGGUGCCGAUGGUUGAAGUAUCUGGAAGGCGUAGAAAUCCUGCCAGCAGGAAACCCCUUUAUAUCUGUGUCGGGAAAAAAGAGAGGCAGCGUCACACUCAGAUGUGAACAUGAGGACAGUAAUAUUGUUCACAUUGAUUUAAUCACUCAGUCAGAAAUCAUAUCUGUGUGUGAGACUGAAGAAUGUAGAGGACGAGUGUUUAAAGAAGGAAACUGUGACGUCGUCAUCAAGAAUCUGAUCUUCAGUGACGCUGGGAAAUACACUUUGAGAAUCUAUUACAAUAAUGAUCAGAGAGAGCUGGAGCGACAAAUCAGGACGUACCAACUUCAUAUUCAUGAUGAGAUUUCUGUGAAAACAGGCGAGGAGCUAAAGAUGUCUGUUCUGGUGUCUGAUGCUGAUAAAGUGAAGACAAACUCUAGUGGAGAGUGGAAGGAGAUUUGGACGAGAGAUCACGGGGUUCAGAGCGACCGAAUGAAUGAUGAUAAUGAUGGAAACCUGAUCAUUAAAUCAUUUCUGGACAGUGAUGCAGGAACAUACAGAGUUCUGGACACUGAAGGAGAAACCUUGAUCACUGUCACAGUCAGAGGUGAGAGAAACUCAUAUUUGUGUAGAAAUAUUAUCUUUAAACAGCAAAUUCAUACUAAACUGUGA